UAACUACAUUACUCCGACAACAACAUCCAAACGUUGUGUUGCCAUCUGAACACGUUUACGAGAAUACAAGUGAAAAAAGCGAAAAGGAUGACAAUCUUCCUCAUUCUAUUCCAAACGAUGACUUGCAUUCUUACGAGACAGUGGCUACAUUGCUCCAACAUAGAAUUGAUGGAAUUCCAAAUGACGAUGUGAGCAAGGAUGGUGCAAAACCUUUGAAUACAAGUAUAAACGGAAUUUCGGAUUCAUACAAAACCGUGGGCGCAUUGCUCAAUCAACCACAUCCUGGUAUCGAACUUGAGAUACAGAAAGAGCAUGAAAUUAGUAAUUCUGUUCCAAUCGAUGAAAUAUCAAGUGAAGACGCUAGAGUAAUCGAAAAAGAUGAAAAUAUCAUUAACAAAUCGAGCUUCGCACCAGUGGAAUUUGAAAAGACUCCCUUUCUGGCGAUGCAUCCUGCUGGCCGGAUAGGAGACGCUCAAAACAAUGUUGAGCCACAGGAGAGUAAAUCCUUGAUCGAAACUGGUACAGAACAAGUUAAAUCAAUUCUUGCUCCGCUAGGUGAUUUGUACAGUAAAUUGCGAGGUUCGACUGAUGAGAAAGUGAUCACUGAAAAUGAUAAUGUGAAAGAGAAUGAAACGGGUGAAAAUCGGUCGCUCUUCGCUCCUCUCUUAAGUGUGCACAAGCCACAGGCUACACCGAGUGAUAGUGAAACGACGGAUGCGGCAGGUGCUGCGCAAAAAGAAAGCUCAGGCACAGCCAAGUUGGAAAUCGUAAACGACAAUAACCAGUUGGAAAGUAUGUAUACAUUUCUAAAGCUAAAGCUAAAUAUCGAAAAAGUGCGCAGAAAUAGUGGAAACUGGCAAAGAAACUAUGAGAGAAUUAAGAUGCGAAAACG